AGCUCUCAAACAUCUUCUGUUGUUAAUGGAGGAGGAUCUGAAAGCUGGAGCGAACGAAGAGGAUAAAAAGACAAUGAGAAACAUUGCGACGAUUUCGAGGAAGAUAUCGAUCAUAAGUACCAUCAUGUGUCUCAGUGUCGUCGUUGUCUACCUUAUAUUUCGUUACGUCACGAUUCUUUAUAUCGGUCGUAAUCUUUUAUUUCGAGCGUAUUUUCCUUACGAUGCACAUAUCAGUCCUAAUUACGAGGUAACAAUUGUAGCUCAAUUGAUAGCAACAGUGUACGCCGCCACAUCCUACACAGCCGUGGACACCUUCAUCGCCAUGCUCGUUCUUCAUGCUUGUGGACAACUUUCGAACUUAAAACGAGAUCUGAUGAAUUUGCGACCUAGAACCAGUGACGAGUUUAAAACCAAAUUAAUCUAUAUAGUCGAGAAACAUGACUAUCUUAACAGUUUUGCCGAUACGAUCGAGGAUCAAUUCAACGUAAUGCUACUGAUUCAGAUGCUCGGUUGUACCAUACAAUUGUGCUUUCAAUCUUUCCAAGCGCUCUUGGUAAGUUCGAUAAUCGGUGAACCAAAUGAACUUUUUCUCUUGGAAUUAUCCUUUCUAAUACUUUACGUGUUUUACGUACUAAUUCAGCUUUAUCUUUAUUGCUACGUCGGCGAGAGAAUUCUUUCGGAGAGCAAGAAUAUUCUACAGGCCGCAUACGAUUGUGAGUGGUACAAUUUAACAACGAAAGAGGCUAAAUCACUUCUAAUGAUUAUGUAUCGUGCACGAACGCCGUUGUGUCUUACGGCUGGUAAAUUCUGUACCUUCACCCAAGAAUUAUACAGUAGCAUUUUGAAGACAUCGAUGGGUUACUUGUCGGUUCUUUAUGCAAUGAAAAUGAAGAAUCUAACGUGA